AUGGCGGGAUCGCAAUUACUACCUUUAGAACUUAUCGAUAAAUGUAUUGGCUCAAGAAUUCAUAUCAUCAUGAAAAGUGAUAAGGAAGUCGUGGGUACCUUAUUAGGCUUUGAUGACUUUGUCAAUAUGGUAUUAGAAGACGUCACGGAAUACGAGACGACCGCAGAUGGACGAAGGGUUACAAAACUCGAUCAGAUCCUGCUAAAUGGAAAUAAUAUUACUAUGAUGGUGCCUGGUGGAGAGUAUCCUUUCUAA